AUCAUGAUCACAGGUCUGUGUGAAAAGCUCGAAUUGAGACUGAGGGAGGUUUAUUGGAGAUACACGGCGGUUUCAUUGAUAAAGGUGAAAAGGUUGGAGGUGGUGUCUCAUUGCAGUGUUGGAUUUCCCUUCUUAAAAGCGUGUACGGACAAGAGCUGCAGGGACAGACAGCCGGGUAAAGAGGGCGAGACAGGGCUGUGCGUAGAGACACGGCACAACUCCGCUCAGCGGCAUGACACGCUACUGCGGCCUCAUCCGUCGCCUGCUCUCCAGCGAGUCUGGAAAGAGCGGGGAGAGCGAUUCGGAGGAGGUGGCCACAAAAAGCGAGCACACGCAGCAGGAGCCGCAGCUGAAAGGCAUCGUGACCCGACUGUUCAGCCAGCAAGGCUUCUACCUGCAGAUGCUGCCAGACGGCACCAUUGACGGGUGCAAGGACGAGAACAGCGACUACACCCUGUUUAACCUGAUCCCGGUAGGACUGCGGGUGGUGGCCAUCCAGGGAGUGAAGGCUGGCCUCUAUGCAGCCAUGAACGGAGAGGGGUUCAUGUACACCUCAGAUGUGUUCACUGCAGAGUGUAAGUUCAAGGAGUCUGUGUUUGAGAAUUACUACGUCAUCUACUCAUCCACGGUGUACCGGCAGCAUGAGUCUGGCAGAGCCUGGUUCCUGGGCCUUACCAAGGAUGGUCAGGUGAUGAAGGGGAACCGGGUUAAGAAGACCAAGCCUUGCUCACAUUUUGUUCCCAGACCUAUUGAAGUGUGCAUGUACAAAGAGCCAUCACUGCAUGAAAUCGAGGAGAAGCAGCGCUCCAGGAAAAGUUCAGGAACUCCCACCAUGAACGGCGGCAAAGUGGUGAACCAGGAGGACAAUACAGAGGAGGAUGGCUCUUAGCUGCACCUCGGAAGACCACCCUGGAUCCCAACUCCUUCAUUUCUUACACAUUGUUCCAACAAAAAUGAAAAGAAGACAAAAAACUGAAUUCUUGCCUGUGAAAUAUUUUAGACAAAAAGGAAAAAUAUUUGAAAUCAGGACAUGAAUUUACAUUUUAUGCAAAAGUCUGCUGUGUGGCAGCAGGAGGUUCCUCUCUUCUCUACAGUAUUAGUGUUUCAAAGUUAAAACUCCCAAAUAAGCUUUAAGCCAUGUUAGACUUUCACGCAUUAAUUUAUGAAUGCUGCGGUUCUUUCACCUGCUUAUAUGUGUUGUUACUUCCAUGAAUAAUAAUAUUGUUAUUAUUCAUUAUUGCUCUUAUUCUUCGCAUCAUUAUUAUGGUUUAUUUUAGGACAGUUAGGAAUGUUUUUGGCAUUGGAUGCAUAACUGCCAAACUGUCAGAUGUUGGAGAUGUCUCUGUUUGUUAGAAGGGCACACUGUCCUGAGGGCUUUCUGGGGGGUCAGGACAGACCUCCCUGUUCAUCUUGUAGUGUAAUCAUAAAGUAUCUUAGAUAGGUGUAAUCAAAGAUGCUUUCUCCAAGAUGGGAGACAGUGGUCUCUCAACGGGGAUGUUCUGUCCUAGGUCUUGUGAAGGAUCAUGGAGGCCUCUACACUUGUGCCCAUGAAAGUUACAGCCAUAUGCAAUGCUAAAAAGAGAUAAAAGAGGUUUCCAAUGUGUUGACUUAUUGUCUCUGUCUGCAGAUGCCCUGCCCCAGAAUUUACCCAGUCAAUAACUUAGAGAACCCACUCACUCACAUAAAUCAGUUGAGGGGGGGGGGGGGGCAUGUCAUAGUAUUGCAUUGGGUCUUUCCACAAAGAAUGCCUUGGUUAUAUAAGAUCAGGUCUGCUAUUUUUUCUGGACACAAGUUCAGUCCUGGUUUCUAUAUCUCCUGUGAUUGCAUGAAUACCAGUGGAAUUAAGAAUGUUCCAGAUUUUUUUUUAAAGUGCUUUUGGUGUGUUUAUUGACUAUAGAGCUAAAUAGCCUGGGAAUAGAAUCUAAAUUGUUCACCAUCAUGAAGGAGGUUCCAUUUUAAAGGAAAGUGAUAGAGUUGGAUUUAUGGAGCAAACCUGGCCCUCGGCCAUUCUUGUGUAUAGCAUGGACAGUUGUAUGAAAUGGACUGUGAUCAACCCAAUAUUUCUGUAUCUGUAUCUUUUCUAUUAUAACUAGAAAUCAGCCUGAUUGGUAAUAGAAAUUAGUUCAGAGCUGGCAUUGUGCAAACAAAUAGUUGUUUGACAUUUGUAGGAUACGCUAACAGGGACGAUAACACAGGUGAUAAGACCGAAGCACCCGCAUAACAUGAGGACUGGAGAUAGAGUCCAGAAACAGUGUUUCCCUGAAGGUGGUGAGCUGAAUCAACACUUUUAACUGAUCUCAUGAUUACACACAAAAAUUGCUUAUGGAAAUAGUUCUACACAAAAUGAUGCGUCCCGAUUAGCUCGGCCUCAGCAGAUUUCCCCCCCCAAUUUAAUUCAAGCUAUGUUCUGCAUUUCAUCAACUUCAUGAAGGACAUGAAGGCUUCUUCCACAAGUAUCUGUAAUGUCUUUGAGAGUCUUCCACUGGGGGAGUGACACCAGGAUCAUGUGAGCGUCAGAGUUCAUUGGCCAAAAGGGGGGAGGGUGUGUGUCUGUGGAGCCAGGACAGCAGUGCAUGUGUCCGCUGGCCAGGUGAGAGUGCCAGUGUGCACUGUGUGUGUGUGACACCGACCCUGCACUGACACUACCCAUUCACUGGAAGGUAAGACGGGGGGUUUAGCAUCUGGGGAUACUGAACUGUUUAUUUGUGCUUGCUGAUUUUUGCACCUUUAAGAAACACCUUCAUAUGCAUUAUGAAAUAUGAAGCAGAAAAAAAAACAAUGAAAAUAGGCCAAAAGAUCAUUUAAAAAUAAAAACGGACAAUACAAAAUA